AUGGAGGCGCCUGGGCGGGUGACCCGGGCAGCGGCGCGCAAGAGGGCGCCCACGAUCCCGGAGGAGCCGGAGCGGCGGCCGGGGCAGCGGCGGCCGCGGAGGAGAAUUGAGGAGCAAGAAGAAGCCGUCUUUCGUGAAGUGGUCAGUUUUACCCCGGAGCCUUUGCCAGCUAGAUAUUAUGACAAGGACACCACCAAACCCGUCAGUUUUUACUUCUCUUCACUGGAGGAACUCCUGGCGUGGACGCCGGACGUGGAGGACAGCUUCAACGUGGCCUUGGAGCCCUCCGAGUGCCGGCAGCCCCCCUUGAGCAGCCAGAGGCCCCGGACCCUGCUGUGCCAUGACAUGAUGGGCGGGUAUCUCGAGGACAAGUUCAUUCAGGGCUCGGCGGCGCGUAGCCCCUACUGCUUCUACCACUGGCAGUGCAUCGACAUCUUCGUGUACUUCAGCCACCACACCGUGACCAUUCCCCCCGUGGGCUGGACCAACGCUGCCCAUCGGCAUGGGGUCUGCGUGCUGGGGACCUUCAUCACUGAGUGGAAAGACGGUGCACAGCUCUGUGAAGCCUUUCUGGCCGGGGACGAGCGCUCGUACCGAGCCGUGGCUGACCAGCUGGUCCUCAUUGCCCAGUUCUUCCGCUUUGAUGGCUGGCUGGUCAACAUCGAGAACUCUCUGAGUCCGGCCGCGGUGGGCAACGUGCCCCACUUCCUGCGCUACCUGAGCGCCCAGCUCCAUCAGCGGGUGCCCGGGGGCUCGGUGCUGUGGUACGACAGCGUGGUGAGCAGCGGGCAGCUCAAGUGGCAGGACGAACUCAACCAGCACAACCGGGUCUUCUUCGACGCCUGCGAUGGCUUCUUCACCAACUACAACUGGCGGGAGGAGCACCUGGAGCGCAUGCGCGGCCCGGCGGGGGGGCGCCGCGCCGACGUGUACGUGGGCGUGGACGUGUUCGCGCGCAGCAACGUCGUGGGAGGCCAGUUCGACACGCACAAGUCGCUGGAGCUGAUCCGGAAGCACGGCUUCUCCGCGGCUCUCUUCGCCCCUGGCUGGGUGUACGAGUGUUUGGAGAAGGAGGAUUUCUUCCAGAACCAGGACAAGUUCUGGGCUUUGCUGGAACGCUACCUGCCCACACACAGCAUCUGUUCUUUGCCCUUUGUCACCUCUUUCUGCCUGGGCAUGGGGACACGGCGAGUGCGCUACGGACAGGAGGAGGCGGUGGGGCCCUGGUACCACCCCAGCGCCCAGGAGAUCCAGCCCCUGUUCGCGGAGCACAGGCUGGAAGGGGACGGCCGGGGCUGGGUGCGGACCAGUUGCUGCCUGGAGGACGCCUGGUGCGGGGGCAGCUCCCUGCUCAUCCGUGGGGUGAUUCCGCCCGAGGUCGGACCCGUGGCCGUGAGGCUCUUCUCUCUGCACGUGCCCGUGCCUCCCAAAAUUUUCCUGUCCUUGGUGUAUAAACUAGAAGGGCCCUCGGCUGUCGAGGUGGCAUUGGAGCUCACCACGGGGGACGCAGGCAGCUGCCACGUGGGUGGCCUCUGGACGCUGGAUGCAGAAACCAGCUCAAGGCACAGCCCCCGACCUCUCCGGGUGCCCCCCACCAAGCUGGCCAGAUGGGUGGGCCGCUGCGGCCAACAGCUCCCUGGGGGCUGGGUCCAGCGUUGCUACGAGGUGAACCUGCGGGGCUGCCUCCUGGGAGACCUGCUCGUUAGCUUUGCGCGGCCUGCGGGCAGCCGGGAGGAGGCGAGCUUCGUCUGCAGGCUCGGGGAGAUCCAGGUGGUGGAUGCCGACAGCCUGCUCCGCCCACUGCCCCGGGUGCAGGCCCUCACUGUGUCCCGCGUGUGCUGGCAGCCGGCCACGUCCGAGGAGGAGGAGGAGGGGGGCGCCCCUGCCCGGCUGCGGCUCAGCUGCACCCUGCACUGGUCCUACCUCCUCUCUCCCAUUCGAUGCUUCCGGAUCCACUGCCUCCCAGGGAGCGGCGGGGGCUCUCCGCGUGGGGGGCCACCGGGGCCUGACAAGCCCGUGCUCCUGGGCCUGGCCUUCGUCAACCAGUACCGGGUAGUGGAACUGCCGGUGGUGGCCGCGGGGCCCGGCAGGGACGGCCGGGUGCAGUUCCUAGUGGAGCCCGUCCCCAAGGAGGGGUUCCUGGUACCGCAGGCCGAGUGGGGCCGGGCAGCCCUGCUCUACUCCCUGCCCCAGCUGUGAGCCAGCGCCGGAGCCGGUGUCUCCCCGCCUCUGGGCUCAGGGCCCACGCGGUGUGUGGGAGCCCACGGGCACCAGGUGGCCGUGGCUGGGGCUCUUCGGUGGUGGUCGCCGGUGACCGGAAAACCAAGAAGUCCGUUUGCUGGGCUGAUGAUUUCCCGAGGUUAAUGAACUCCGUUAUGUCUAAUCCCUGUCUGGAGUACAGAUUCCCGAGUGCGAGGGACGGAAAAGCUAGUCCCACCGGCUCCCCGAAGGGUGUUUCCUAACUCGACAGGCUUAUGUGGGGCGGGAAGCCUCCCAGCAGGCCCUGGAAGCGAUUCCCAGGGUGAGGGCUUUGAGCUGGGACGUGGUGCCCUGGGGGCUGGCCUGCUUCCUCUUAGGACUAGGGAGCCCAGGGCCCCGCCGCCACCAGGCUGCACACCCCACCCUGGGCCAGGUGGGCCGUCCUUGUCCCGACCUUCUGUGUUGUGGCUGGUUCCGUGUGCGGUCCCGGGAGCCGGAGCCCCGCGCCCCGCUGUGUCUCUGCUGGGCCGUGGGUGCUGGCGAACCUUGCAUAGAGCCAGACCGUGGGCCUCGGCUCUGUGUCUGCAGUGAGCGAGGCUGUCCAGGCUCGGGGAGCGGAGGCCGGCCAGGGCCCAGGAAAGCCCUCGGCUUCAGCCUAGCCCAGCCUUGCAGUGGGAGCUCUGGCCGCCAGCUCCUCCCUGUCCUCCAGCCUCAGCCUCUUCCAGGGUGGGGGUGGGGCGGGGUGCGGGCGCCGAGGCCCCCGUGAGCACAGGUGCCUUGAGAACCCUCUCCACUGGGCCCCCUUCCUCUGUUGCCGCCUCCUCUGUCUUCUAGCACCUUCCUUCCCUCUGCCUGGGCUGAGGCCGGCCAGAGACUCUGUGUAGGGAGGGGAGGCGUGAGUGAGCCAGAGACGGCCCCCCCGACAACACGGCUCCCCUGGUGACCCCAGCAUACUGGCCCCAGGGGGUGGGCGCCCUCCACCCAGCCUGGGGUUCUCUGCUGCGUCGCCCAGCUUCUGUCCUCGGCCUGAGCAGUGUCCCUUGUUCUGGGGGUCUUACCCCUGCGUCUCACAGGGCCGUUGAUGGGGGGUAUGCCCAUUUCUCUGCCCUCCACCUGUGCUAUGCGACAUGAAGCGGUGCCAAGGGCCAUGACCCUCCCAGCUUGGGGUCCCGCCUCUUGGCCUCUUGACUGUCCUUGGGUGCAAGCCCCAGUCCUCAGCCUUGCUCCUACGUUGUAGGGAGGGGAGCGGCCACCAGGCGGCAGUGCAGCCGCACCGCUCCUGGUCGUCCGGAAUUCAGGAAUCUGAGCCUGGUCCGGUGGCCCUGGUGAACCUGGCCCUUAGGAUGGCAGAGGGUGUGUCCCUCCAGGGCUGCCUCCACCCCCCGCCCCCGUCCCCGGCCCGGGUGCCUCUUUCCCAGGGGGACAGAGAGACAUUUUACUCUCCAUGUCCCACAUGUGGCCCAGCCAGCUUGGGCCCCUGUGGGGAAGGGGUUUGCCCAGCAGAAGGGGAGGACAGCUCAAGCAGGACAGGAGGACGCCUCCGCUGACCAGCUGGGAGCGCAGGUCACCCAGCAUCUGCCUGUCCCCCUGAACCUGGACAGGGCGGUGGCAGGGGAAUCAGAGUUGCUGCUCCUGGGACCGUGUUCUCGGUGUGGACCACUGGUUUGCUUUGAGCCUCCCGUUUUGUCCCGGGGGACCUGGCCCUGCUCCCUGUGUCUCCAGAGGCGGGAGUCGGGCGAGGCAGGGUGCCCGGAGGGAGGCAGCAGCUCUCCACUGUCGCAGCCUGUUGGCUUGAAGGGUCUGUUCCCCGGCCGGUGUACACGGAGGAGGAGGGAAAAUUCAUGAUGCGGUUCUUUUCUCCCGGUCUGGUGAGCAGGUGGCGCGAGGCGAGGGUUAGAGCGUGGUGCGCGGCGGGGCCGGACAGCUCCCGGAGAGCGCCGUCCCCAUCCCACGGAGAGUAGGGUCUCGUGGGCAGGAAAAUGAGUAUGUUGGCAUUUAAGCCUGCACACGUCUGGCGGGGGUCGUCACUCUGAAAUAAAUGAUCCGAAAUGAAACGUGAAAAA